AGUGGGGAGUUGUUGAAGGCUUGAUGGCCUGAUUGGACCUGGGCAAGUCUCCUUGUCCGUCUUUGUCAUAAGCGCUGAGAACUGGUGUCAAAAAUCAGACUUAAAAAUAUGUCUGGCACCACUUACGGUUAUUCGAAUUCCUUCCGCCCCAAAGAGACGGGAGCCGGAGAAACUGUCGGGCUAAUGUCAAUUCUACAGGAAAGCGAGUGGUUCUUUAUGGACGAUGGCACGAUCGAUAGAAACGGACGUGACAGAGGAAAGCACGAGAUGAGUCGCUGUUGUGCUCGCUUGCUGUGAAUGUUUGGGUAUGAACAGGAUCACAGACAGAGCGGAGGACAUGGUCGAAGAUGGGGUGGAGAUAAAAUAGCACCGAUCUCGCACAGAUUCAGUUGCGAGUUUACACCCUGAUUGGUACACGCACGGUAGCCUCGAGGCUUGUCACUAAAAUAUGCCACGAGUGUCGUACGACAGCUGUGGGCAUUCGUACACCGAUAGCCGUCAGACAAUGGUUUUACAAUGGCUGGCGACGAGGAUAAUGGGCGUU